AUGACAACCCCCACCGCCUCCAUCCGCGACCUCAAAAAAGGCUUCAUCUCCAGCCAGCUGCGCACCCUCUCCACGCCCAUCGAGCCCCCGCGGUCCUGGCAGUCCCAGCUCCCCGAGAGCCCCGCCGGCGACCUCCCCGACAGCGUCGUCGCACAGGCUCUCUACAAGUUCAAUGUCGUCGCGAAGCGCCACCACAGAAUGGUCUACAGCGCGCAGGCGCUCUCGCACGUCGUGUCGCAGGUGCAGGACCUCUACGAGCAGCCGCAGCAGCCCGACGACGCCGAGGAGGGUGUUCUUCGGCGGGGGGUGGAUCUAAGGGAGGCUGAAAACAUUGCCCUCCUCCCCGAUACCUACCCCACCACCACAGCCACCGACAACAGCGUCGCCGACCUAGAGCAAUACCAAGAGCUUCACGCGCGGCUGACGGCGCUGUCGGCCGCCGUACAGGCGCAGCGCCAGCGGCACGCGUAUUAUUCGCAUCUGCAGGGGCUGGUGGAGCCCUUUAGGGCGCCGGUGGAGAGCGUGCAGCCGAAUCUGGUGACGAGGGAUGGGGCGCUGGCGGCGGAGCUGGAGCGGAUGAGGAUGUUGGCGGGGAAGUUGGCGUUUGCGAUUGGGAGGGCGGGGUUGGAGAGGGAGGAGGGGGAGGAGAGGGAUGAUGGGGGGAAGAGGGGGAUGGGGAGGGGGAUGGGGAUGGGGAUGGGGGGGAGGAGGUGGUGA